CCUGUCCAUUUGCUUCUGUUUUUUAUCUUAGCUGAAGACUUGGAAUAAACAGCAUGGAGUGUAAGCAGCGGCUGAAAUGGUUAAUGCUUGCAAUGAUUUGCCCUCUUAUUGCAGGUGCUCCAUCCUCCAUGUCCAAAAGCGACAAUUCAUGUCCUAAAGAGAAUCUAAACAUUAUUGGAGGGAGCUUUGUUCUUAAAGAUGGCUAUUCACAUGGGAGCCUUCUAAAAUACAUUUGUCCGAAUGGAUAUUACCCAUCGAUUCAGUCACGUCUUUGUCAGGGUGAACAAUGGACCCCAAAGCCCAAAAUCAGAAAACCUGCAGUGUGCAAAAAGAUCACGUGUCCCAAUCCUCGUGUUUUCGAGAAUGGAGAGGUGAGUCCAUACAAGGACAAGUACUACGUAAAUGACACAACCACCUACUCAUGUCAUUCCGAUUAUAUCCUCCGUGGCUCAGCGGUCCGUGUUUGCAAGCCUAAUGGGAAGUGGAAUGGAAGCACACCAAUUUGUGGACGUGACUCUGAUCACUGUCCUGAUCCUGGUGUUCCCCCUGGUAGCAGUCGAGCAGGGAACGUGUUUAACAUAGACGACAAAGUCACGUACCGCUGCGAGAGACCAUUGACCUUGAUUGGUUCCAAAGUGCGAGUGUGUCAGGAUGGUGGCCAGUGGUCAGGAACAGAGCCACAAUGUUACGCUGAUUUCACAUACGACACCCCAGAGGAAGCAUCAGACGCUUUCAGCAGUUCUCUAAAGUCAGAUCUAGGGGUUUCUCAGCAGUUUGAACAAGAAGAUCAGCAGGGGAAGAAAAUAACUAUGGAUCAGGGUGGAAAACUUGAUAUUUACAUUGCUGUGGAUGCAUCUGACAGCAUAGAUGAGGAGGAUUUUACAAAAGCAAAAACCACCAUUAAACUGCUUAUAGAGAAGAUUAGUUAUUACCCAGUCUCCCCAAACUAUGAGAUCCUGGUGUUUGCUACAAAUGUUUCACCGAUAAGCCGAAUAAGGAACUUCAAACUUAAUAAAAAUGAAAGAAGCCUAGAGAGAAUUUUUGAAGACCUGGACAAAUUUACUUAUGACAAUAAAGGCGAUAAAACAGGUACCAAUAUCGCCAAAGCCUAUUCAGAGAUUUAUGAGAGCAUGGUCAUGGAGAAGAACAGCAAUGAAACGGCCUUCAGUGAGACUCAACAUAUCAUCAUUUUAUUCAGUGAUGGUCAGGCAAACAUGGGGGGGAAUCCCAAACCUAAAGUGGACCAGAUUAAACAUCUUGUCACCAGAAAUGAUCCAAACCGAGAGAAGAAACUUGAUCUUUAUGUAUUUGGAGUUGGAGAAGAUGUGAAUCAAGAAGACAUAAAUGACUUUGUGUCACACAAGGACGAAGAAAAACAUUUCUUUAAGCUUCCAGACUUGGCAGCAGUGCAACAGAUGUUCGACGACAUGAUUGAUGAGAGCACCAGUGUAGGAUUGUGUGGGGUUGUGUGGGAAGGCUUGGAAAAUAAACGCCGUGCAUUUCCCUGGUUGGCGCAGAUUAAUGUUGCUCGUCCUCCAAAGGGUUCCAAUUGCAUGGGGUCAUUAGUUACCUCAAGUUACAUCUUGACAGCGGCUCACUGCUUCUUGGAGGGAGACACACCUGAAAAGAUAACAGUUAAACUAGACAAAGACCUGAUUGUAAAAGUGAAAAAAUAUGUACUUCAUCCUAAAUAUAACAUCACCGCAAAAAAGCAUAUGGGAAUAAAGGAAUAUUACGAAUUUGAUGUAGCUCUUGUACAGCUGGAAAAAUCUGUUAAGAUGACUUCUACUUUACGACCAAUCUGCAUCCCAUGCACUAAAGAAACCAAUGCAGCACUGAAACUUUCAGAAAGUGAAGGGACGUGCAAGAAACAUGAGGAACUACUAAUAAUGAGCAACGAGCUUGUGGAAGCCGCUUUCACAUCUGAAAUGGAUACUGAUAAUAGUCCAAAAAAAAUAAAAAGCAUCACGAUCAAGCAAGGAAAAUAUCGGGGUGCUUGUGUUGAAGAUGCAAAAAAAGCCGAAGGAAUCGAAGUGAAAAAUGCCGUGGAAGUAGUUACAGACAAUUUUCUGUGCAGUGGUGGUACUGAACCAAAAACAGAUGAUGUUGCCUGCAAAGGUGAAUCAGGUGGGGCCACUCAUGUGAAUAAAAAAGGUCGAGUGAUUCAGGUUGGUGUCAUAAGCUGGGGAGUGAAGGACAUCUGCAAGGGAAACAAUAAUAGAUUCACUUCAGUGUCAGACUCCAGAGAUUUCCAUUCAAAUCUUUUCAGUGAGAAGAUACGCUCAUUCCUUAAAGAACACCUAGAAAAUGACAACAUAGGAAACCCUCUUACAUUCUUGUGAAUCCUUUAGCAGAGUGAAAAUGUGGGAGUGCUGUUUGAUUAAACACUAGUUUGUUUUCUGAUUAAUAUAUUCAAUUUUAUGCCAAGUAGCUGGUCUUUGUUUAAAAAAAUAAUACAGUUUAUUAUCAACAGUCUUUUAUGUUUUACUGAUUUAAAUGUCAAGUCUUUGUUAUGUCUAUGUUGGUGCAGGACUGUCAGUACUGUAUAUCCAACAACUGGCAGGCAGGGGAGUUUCAUUGUUGUUGCAAUUUCACAUUUUAUUUCCAUCUGUCUUGAGAAUGAUAAUAGCAAGUAUGUCACUUAACCUGCGCUUUAGGGCUGAAUUGUAAUGGAAAGAAUAUGAAGAUUACAUAAUGAGAAAUGACCCAUUGUCAUGAUAACAUGUAUUCCAAACACAGGUAUGGCUGGAUGUCCCAAAGUACAUAAACCAUUCUGUACAAUCAGUGUUGGGAAGGUUACUUUGGAAAUGUAAUACAUUGCAGAUUACAAAUUACUCUGUUUAAAAUGUAAUGAGUAGUGUAACUUUUCAAUUACUUUAUUAAAGUAAUGUAACUUAUUA